AUGCUUUCCCCGUAUGCUGUGCGAAGACGCCAAAGAUGGCGGCCGUACAUUCGGCUCGCUGGUUGAGGGUCCGCCGCGGGCUUUGCCUACCGCUGACGGGUCGACGGGCAGGUGUCUGCGGACGGGACCCCAGUAGCAGAUUUUAUUCUGGAAGUGCAGCCGUCCCAGUGGUUGAAGGAGCUGGUGCAACAGGGACUGAAGAAGUGGUCAUUCCAAAAAAGAAAACUUGGGAUAAAGUGGCUGUUCUUCAGGCACUUGCAUCCACGGUACACAGGGAUGCUACAGCUGCCCCUUACGCAUUUCAAGAUGAUCCUUAUCUCAUACCAACAUCCUCUAUGGAAUCUCAUUCAUUUUUGUUGGCAAAGAAGUCCGGGGAGAAUGCAGCAAAGUUUAUUAUUAAUUCGUAUCCCAAAUAUUUUCAGAAAGACAUAGCUGAACCUCAUAUACCGUGUUUUAUGCCUGAGUACUUUGAACCUCAGAUUGAAGAUAUAAGUGAGGCUGCUCUGCAGGAACGAAUCAAGCUCAGAAAAGUCAAAGCUUCUGUGGACAUGUUCGAUCAGCUCUUGCAAGCAGGAACCACCGUAUCUCUGGAAACAACUAACCGUCUCUUGGAUUUAUUAUGUUACUAUGGUAACCAAGAGCCCUCAACUAAUUAUAAUUUUCAACAACGUGAACAAGCAGAAGAGUUGGAAGAGGCCACGGAGGGAAGUAACGAGAAACCGAAGAAGAAGGCUGGUCAUCAGCUUGGAGUUACUUGGAGAGCAAAAAACAAUGCUGAGAGAAUCUUUGCUCUAAUGCCAGAGAAAAAUGCACAUUCCUACUGCACAAUGAUCCGAGGAAUGGUGAAGCACCGAGCUCCUACGCAGGCAUUAAACUUGUACACUGAAUUAUUAAACAACAGACUUCGUGCUGAUGUGCACACCUUCAAUUCAUUGAUAGAAGCAACAGCAUUCGUGGCGAAUGAGAAAGCAGAAGAAAAAUGGAAUAAUAUACUGGACCUGUUGAAACAAAUGGUUGCACAGAACGUGAAACCCAACCUACAGACUUUUAAUACUAUUCUGAAAUGUCUCCGACGAUUUCAUGCAAUUGGAAAAUUGCCAGCCUUACAGACCUUACGGGAAAUGAAAGCCAUUGGAAUAGAACCCUCGCUUGCAACGUAUCACUAUAUUAUUCAGCUGUUUUAUCAACAUGAAAACCCUUCAAAAGGAUCGUCCCUCAUCAUCUAUGACAUCAUGAAUGAAUUAAUGGGAAAGAAAUUUUCUCCAAAGGACCCGGAUGACGAUAUGUUUUUUCAGUCAGCCAUGAGGGUUUGCUCAUCUCUCAGAGAUCUAGAACUUGCUUACCAGGUCCAUGACCUUUUAAACACUGGAGACAACCGGAAAUUCAUUGGACCGGAUCAUCGGCGUUAUUUCUACUAUUCCAAGUUCUUUGGUUUGCUUUGUCUAAUGGAACAAAUUGAUGUCACCUUGAAGUGGUAUAAGGACCUGAUACCUUCAGUAUUCUUUCCACAUUCCCAAACACUGAUAGAUCUUCUUCAAGCAUUAGAUGUGGCCAAUCGUCUAGAAUUGAUUCCUCAGAUCUGGAAAGAUAGUAAAGAAUAUGGUCAUACUUUUCGCCGUGACCUAAAAGAAGAGAUUCUCAUGCUUAUGGCAAGGGAUCGGCACCCACCAGAGCUGCAGGUGGCGUUUGCUGACUGUGCUGCAGAUAUCAAAUCGACUUACGAAAGCCAGGAUGCCAGACAGACGGCUCCCAGUUGGCUGGCCAGCUCUCUGAACCACAUAGCCGUCCUCUUCUUGAGGGCCGGGAGAACCCAGGAAGCCUGGAAAAUGCUGGGGCUUUUCAGGAAACAUAAUAAGAUCCCUGGGAAUGAGCUGCUGAAUGAGUUUAUGGACAGUGCAAAAGCAUCCGGCAGCCCUGCCCAGGCCAUUGAGAUAGUGAAGCUGGCAGGUGCCUUCAGCUUACCUAUUUGUGAGAGCCUCACCCAGAGACUAAUGGCUGACUUCACCCUCAGCCAGGAGCAGAAGGAAGCCCUGGGAGAUCUAACUGCAUUGACCAGUGACAGCGACAGUGACAGCAGCAGUGACAGUGACAGUGACGUCGGCGAAGGCAAAUAAAAGUGGUCGAAUCAGGAGCUACUGUGGCCUAGCGUGGCUGUUGUGAUUACACUUGAGAACUGAAGAUGUUAGUAUUUAAUUGUAAUGUGAAGAAAACAAGAGAAUACAGAUUUGGUGAAUCUUGAUAACAACGCUCACUUGUUUACGUUUAAUUCCUGAACUAAACCAUCCAUGCCAGGGUUCCCACGUGAACAGAAGGGGCACUGCCAUUUUCAUUUCUUUGGACACACGUUGUGAUGUUAAGCUCCGCCCAACUGCAGUGUUUGUCAGCUGAUGUCGGUGUGGUUUGCCCCUCCCCCAUUGGGGACUGUAGCCUUUGUUGGCUGAUGCUAUGACCUGACACUUCCUCCGACUCAGAAAGCGUCUAAAGGAAGUUUUUGUACAAUUACAUCACAGUUGAUACUGGGUCAGUAGUAGCCAAAUUCAGGGAUAUUUAUAUGUGGGAAAUUAUUAAUCUUAGAACUGAUUGAACAACGUCAGGAGUUUAGGCUGCACAGCUGGGAAGAUGAAGACUGGAAAUAAAUACUGUAACUGAGGUACGUAUGUAUGCAUUUCCAUUAUUUUUAUAGAAUAGCCCACAGCCUCCCACUAGGCUUGGGCCUUGCACGAGAGUUUCAUCUCCCCCUUUCUCUCUGUGUGAGUGCUGGCACCUUCAGUUGUGCUGUACUUAAAGCGGCCUAAAUGUAUGUGAUGACAAGAGGAUUGAAGUGUCUUCUUGACAUAAUUGUGUAUUGCUGGUAAUCGAGUAGGUCGAGAACCUCUACUCCAGCCUCUCUCAUGACUUGCAAGUGGUCUGGGAAGCAAACAGGAGCUUGUGAGGCUUGCAGGAGCUUCACAAGGGUUUCUAGCGCAGGCUGCUUAGCUCAUAAUCUGAUCGCCAGAUUCACCCAGGCAUCCCAGGAGUUCUCGGGUGAGCAACUUCGUCCUUACCCUGCCGGGGUUGCCAUUUAUGGGCUACCGUGUUGUACAUGUGUCUGUAACAUGUGCCUGUCCCCAUCUCCAUUUGGCUAUCCUCUGGCCAGGACCCAGUCAGUCAUACAUCCUCAGAAACCUAAGUAUUGACUCAUGUUUUCUCCUAGAUCACCAGAAUUUAAGACAUCUAAGUGAGAGACAGAGGGCAGGGGAAAUGACAGCAACUAGCUACUUAAGUAUUCAUGUGCAUCGCCCCAGUAGCCCCUUGACAUAGCAAAUGAGCAAAAGGGAUAGGUAGGGCAGAUUAGCCUGUGAUCUUGCCUUAAAACCUGCAAAGAGAACUUGGCUGCCUGGAAGCUUCUGUAAACUUGGCCCCUCCCUUUCCCUCUGGUUCAUCAGCACCUGGAAAUGGCUGAUUCUUCUGGGCCGAGUAUGCAUUCAGUGCAGUCCUUACAGAUGCAGAACACUUACAUUGCCGGGGAAUCCUGCCAGAGAACAGUCCUCAGCAUCGUGCUUUGCAGCUAUGGCGUUGAUGGGGGAAAGGUCCAUCUGGGCUGAUGGCACGUGAGUUUGUAGUGGACUUUCCAAGUGGGUGAUGUUGUGGCCAUGUGGUCUUAACUCUGUGCUACAGACAUUCCAGAUUCCUAUUCUGGGCAAAAUAACUGCUUUCAGCUUUUCAGAAAAAAAUUAAGGAAGGCCUGUAGGAUUGGUCUCCAUUCUCUCUUUACCCUCUAAUAGUAUAAGGCGUUCUGUUUUUCUAUGCCAAAGUUAAUAACCUAUCAAUUUUGGUUUUGGUUCAAUAGAACAUUUGAGUACUCUUA